GACAAGACUUACUGUGUGUUUAUGUUUACAGUAAACAGUUAUUUAUAGUGUUUAUUAUCUUUUAAUAUGGAAACAUAAUAUUUUAUGUAUUCAAUUAUUAUUAUUAUUGAUGGCAGUGUACAGUGACAGAGCUUUAGUCUCUGAUUAACAGCCUCGUCCUGCGUCUGAAAGCAAUCAGCUGAUAAUCAAUAAUCAAUAACCAGUGAAUCUGUCAGAAAGAAGAAUAUUAGAAUUAAUUAAAAAUACAGAGAAUGGAUCAAUAUAUCAGGAGAACUCAUCUCUGAUCAAUAUUCACAGGAAAUAAUCAAAGAGUCAAUCAAGAGUUCACUGUUUGGGUUCAUUGAUCAGUUGAUCAGUUAUUGAUACUGAUCAAUAGGAAAUAGCGUCUAUCUGGAAGAGGAGCGGGAACCUGAGUUGGGUCUCUGGUGAGGAUGCAGGUUGCUUUUCAGCCAGCAGGGGGCAGCAGCUCUGUGAGGAAGCUCAGUCCCCGCCCACAGGGUCUAUAUAAAGAGCUGCCAGAGACCAGGACCCGCACAGGGACCGGAGCCAGGAGCUGAACACCCUCUUGUAGACCAGUCAGUGCAGUCCUGAUGGUGGUGCAGGUGAGCGGCAGCGUGGAGGCGAUGGAGGGGAACCAGCAGAGAGUGGAGGUCAACAUCCUGCUGCUGGGAGCUCGCAGCGUCGGGAAAUCUGCUCUCACCGUGAGAUUUCUGACCCGGAGGUUUAUUGGCGAGUACGGGGACAUCGAGUCUGUUUACAGUCGAGUCGACCGGAUCGACGGUCAGGAGAUCUGCUUCAACAUCUGGGACUCACAGGACGGUGAGAAGACUCUGCCCCUCAGUGACAAACAGCUGCAGUGGGCUGACGGCGUCGUCCUGGUCUACAGUAUCUGCGACCGCCGCAGCUUCGACGUGGUCCGCCAGCAGCUGCAGCAGAUCCGUCGCAGCCGGAAGCCGUCGUCCGUUCCCGUCGUCAUCGUGGGGAACAAACGGGACCUCCAGCGCCACCGCAGCGUCUCCGGCGAGGAGGGACGACUCCUCGCUCUGUCCCACUGCUGCGGCUUCUUCGAGGUGUCGGCCGCAGAGACGUACCACGGCGCCAUGCUGGUGUUCCACCGGCUGGUCGACCUCGUCCGGGAGAGCCGCGCGCUCAGGAAGAGCUCGGCCGGCGUCCGAAGCAUCGUGCGGAGCAUGUCUGCCGUGUUUGGAAAGAAGCGAGCCGAGUAGACGAGAAGAACUCGCCGAAGAGAUUGUGGCGAGGAGAAGUCGUCUGAUGUCACAGUGACAUCAGCGGGAAGACUUCCUGUUCCUGGCUUCAUGAAGAAAGGUCAAAGGUCAGAGACGUGAGGGACAGAGGCAGGUCGAGUGACGUUUGUGAAAGAAGGUGUUUGGUUUCAGAGCGAGCUGUUGUCAUGGCAACGGCUGGCUACUAUUGGAUGGAUUGGGAUGCAAUGUGUUCCCCAUCAGCCUCAGCUGCACUCUGUGCUAACAUUAGCUAACAUUAGCAUGCAACAAUAAGCUAACACAGUGGACAUUAUAGCUGCUAAACAGCAGCAUGUUAGCAUUAGUUAGCCUCCAGUGGACGCCAGCAGGACUGUUUCAGGGUCCGAUCCAGUAUCCAGACCGAAUCCACGUAGAGAUAUCUGACUGACGGCACCGAUCCACAUAUUGAUCCAGAGACUGACGCCGUAAUGAGUUCUCAACAGUUCUAAAGAUAUGUUGUACAAACAGUUCUUCUGUAUAUACGUACUGAAGCUGUAUGUGAGAUUUAUAAAUGUUACUUUAAAGGUCCAGUGUGAAAGAUUUAGUGCCAUCUAGUGGUGUAGCUGCAGAAUGCAACUCCCUCGCUUCACCCUCCCUUCCCAAGCACAGAGGAGAACCUGCGGACCUUUAGGAGUUUUUUGUUUUCUGACCAAUGUUCGGGGGGGGGCGGUACUCUGAGUGAGACGUACAGACCGAGCUGCACCGUGAGCUAAACGGUUUUAGGCUCCAAACACCAAAUGUGUGACAUUCGGGGCCGGGAGCUCUGCAUUACACAACGAACAGAAUCAGCAGAUCCCCAAACUGAGGUAUCAGAACAGGAAGUGGAUCUGUGCCUCUCUUGGUGUCCCUGGAGGGUUUUACUGGUUGUAAUGGAUCAGUAAAUUCCAGCCUGGUUGAUGAAACCGUCAGUUUAUAUCUCGCUCUGUAAGUUUCAGUGUUUUUUACUCAAUAAAAUCUGAAUGAAUAAAA